AUGGUUCUCAUUGUGAUGCACUUUCAUUUUUUCAAACCCACUCUCAGAACAAUGUGCCUGCUCAUCCCUCUGUGCCUGCUCGGCCUCAUUGUGAGGACUGAGGCCCAGAUCCCGUCUGAUUGCAUUUUCAGCAAUACGAACAGACCUCCAGGUUUGUGAAAUUCAAUUAAAAUGUGGUGGCAUUAUUUUAAGCUCCAAACUCAACUUUUUGUUCAUCUGUAUUCACCUUUUUUUCUCUUCUCUCUCUCUCCCAGAAAACAGUGACAUUAUAGUAACCUGUGGUUCAGACUAUAUGGACCUGGCCAUUUACCUUUGUCCCAUGUACCAAGCUCUCUACAACGAAUCGCUGAUGGUCCUCAAUAACAAGAUUGGCAUACCUGAGUGUUAUGGCACUGCUGACUGGACUGUUGAUCCACCGGUCUUGAGAUUCUCAUUUCCCAUAGUUUCAGAUUUUGGAUCAUACUGUGGCAACGUUGAGGAGGUAUUUGUUUUGUUUUGUAUUUUUUUGUUUGGUCUGCAUGGUUUUUUUGUUUUUCCAAUCAGUGAGGUGGUUUCUCUUUAAUACUUUGAUACUUGUAAUAAUUUGGAAAAACUUAAUAAGAAGAAGUAAAAGAAAUACGUUUUUUUUUUUCUCGUUUACUGAUGCAUGCCUGUUUGUCAAAUUGGAUAAUUGAAAAAUCAAAGCUAGGCCCAAUAGAACUGAAAGGAACAAUGCAUCAAUUCUUCAUUGACUUUAAGAGCUUUGAUGUGAAGAUACUGACUUCAUCAAAUACUACGUUUCAGUUAUGGUCAAGUAUUUUUCACAGGCUGCAUUCAGCCCUCAUAACAUCAAGACUCAGCUUCAAUUUUAUGACGCCUGGAAAAAUGUCGAUCACGGCUCAGCCAGGCAGUUGUUAGCGCUCUUGCAUGCCCCUGACCUCUCAGUCUCUCUCUCUCUUUUAUUGGGCUCAUUCUGUCCUUUGGCUUUUCAGAUACACACACAGAUCUGCCUCUUCCUGCUCCCCUCCCUGGUCUCCUCUCUCCGUUUGUUGCUGCCUGAUAGUUUGUAGGCAACCUAUAAAAAACAACCAUCCACCGUUUAAUUGAUUGUGAUUCACGGCUUCCUUUGUAGCACACGUAGACUGAAUGGUUGCACAUCAAUCUGAUUAAUCUCUAAGCCCUACUUCUUUUGCAUUAAGAUCUAAUGCUAUGAAAAAGGAGUCUACGACAUUGAAUAAAACUGAUAAAACUUUAAAACUGAUGAAAUUAAGUGUUAAAAAGUGGUUUCAUUUGUUACUUUUCGUCUUAAAGAUAAUAGAAGAAAUCGGACAGGAUGAAUUUUCUGACUUCUCAAGCGUCCAGUCUAUGAUCAUCUCUGGUAUUGUUGCCUCAUAUGACUCCACCGUAUCAAUCGUCACCUUCCGCCCACAAAUCUUUUACAAGUUCUCCUGCAUCUACCCGCUGCAGUAUCUCCUCAACAACACCGAAGUGGCCGUGUAAGUGUGACAUUGGCGUAAAACACUGAUAACACCCAUAUGAAUGAGCAGGGAACAUUUGUGCCGCUUCAUGAUGAUUUGUCUUAUCAAUCACAGAUCAGGUGUGAAUGUAGCUGUAAACAGCGAUGACGGCUCCCUCCUCGGCCUCCUCACAUUUGGAUUAUUUGAGGUAAAAAACUACACUCACUUUCUGAAGUAGACAUCAUCUUUAAUAAAUGAUGUUUUAAAUUAGUUCUUGUUUUUUAAACAGGAUGAACUGCUUCUAUCACCCAUGUUAAUGCCAAAGGAAGGACUUGAACUAAAGGAGAAGAUUCACGUGAUGAUAAAAGCUAUUAAUCUCACAGAGAAGUACUUAAGUUUGGAUUAAUAAUAAUAAUAAUAAUAAUAAUAAUAAUAAUAAUAAUAAUAAUAAUAAUAAUAAGAUAUUCAAAAUCCUUCCGUCUUUCCUGAAAGGUUCAAUGUGCUGCUAGAUGGAUGCUUUGCAACGCCGACUCCAUACCCUUCAUACAACCAAUCCUACUACCUUUUUUUAGGGUGUGUAAUACUACCUUUGAGUAUUGAAUUCAUCUGCUGCUUCUCUGUAAUUUAUCACUUGAAGUAACACCCUUCUCUCUUACUCCUAGUUGUGAUUUGGAUAUUCAGACUCAGGUGACUCUGAACGGGGUUGCGCAGAACGCGUCCUUCACCUUCGAGGCUUUCAGAUUUGUAAAGGACAGUGAUAAGGUAGUCUCCACUUUCUACGUGCACUGCCUCACAAGACUCUGUCAGGUGGAAGACUGCAAGAGGUUUUUGCCGGUAAGUUACGCUUUUAGAAAACCUGGCGUUGAGUUUUUAGCUGGUUUUGACUGAGAAGGGUGGAGUGGAGAGACUGGGUGGACCGGAGGCACUGGAGACACAAGAUUAGUUACAAGUUAAUCCAAAAAGCUCCAAAAAGUCUCACUUAACAGUAAUACUACCAGUUCUGGAUAACAAUUCCUGGCAACUUUCUGUCAGAGUGGAUGAGAAGAUCCAGGGUGAUAAUUCUGCAGCAGGUGAUCAGGAGGCCGCGCCCAACGUCUGAAAGAAAAAGCACACAGGGGAAACCAGAAACCAAGUCCACAAAAGAAGCACUAAAAGUUGUACAAAAAAACAAAGAAAAAUCUGGAACCACCACAAUCGUCUACUUUACAGGUCUUUUAUUAUGCCUUUUCUUCUAUAGUUGAAGUUUUGUCUACAGCUUAGUUUCCCAGCAAUCCAUUUCUGCUGUUCAAAGCCAACUGUGGAGUAUGUGCAAAACGCUGAGGCCUGCUUUAGUCUGAUGGAGACAGAUAGAGGCGUACACGUGCAGGAGAAAAUGCAUUAAUUAGGUAUGUCAGGUUUGACUAUGAGACACUAACACUAACUAGUGUUUGGCCAUAAAAUACUAAUUGACAGGAGCAAAUUUUGUCACCUCUUUAUGAGCCUCAAAAGCAAAUGUGUCCAUAGUGCAGGAUGGACUUAUAUUGGAGAUCGGAGGUACCAGUUUGUCAAUAACCAAAAGUUACCUACAGUAGCUUUGAGAUUUCACAAGGAUUAAAUGUGGAAGUUUAAUCCGAUUUGUCUCUCUUGUCAACAGAAUUGUUCAAACUCUGUAGUGAGGCAAAAAAGAGAGGCUCCGGAUGAGACGUUGACAACUACAGUAUCCUCACAGGCUAUCCGUGUGGGCAGAAAUACCAAAGGUGAGUCUUGGUGACAUUUAUACAACAACUAAAAGUCUCCCAACUAGUGGUAAAUAAAGUGCAGAAAGCAAAGAACAAAAUAUGGCUUUGUUUGUUUGUUUGCAAAAAGUGGAAACAACAUUCGUUCUACGCUAACAGACUGUGAUCAAAAGCUAAAAGCUCCUCUGAGGAACUUUGGCUUUGCAUCAAUUUUGGCGCCCCCUGUGGACAAAACAGUUUAACAGUGUCUUCUGAUAGGAAUCUUCACUCUGCUGACCUUGAAUAACCAAAUAUAUUGUUUAAAUUAAAAAUUUAAAUAUAAAAAUCAUCAAUCAUAUUUCUGAUCAUCUUCUUUGCUUGUGAAUAUCAUAAAAAGGCAUCAGUAUGAACUUAAGUCUAUUUGAUAGAUGUCAAAAAAACUCCUCACAGGAGCUUUAAGAUUUAGCUUAUUGAUUGUUUAACCUUAAAGCGGGACAAGGUCAGCUGUUUUCCCUUUGACCACCAUUCAUUCAUUCAAAUUUUCACACAAACAAGAGUAGUUUUGAUUCACUUGUCCUUUUUUUCAGGUGAAGCUCAAACAUUUUCGGCUCCCCAUGGUAAGACAUAUGAAGAGCAGCAUAUAAGCCUUUAAUCAAAUACUUUUAUAGUCACUGUAGUUUCAGAUGGUUGUUGGCAGCACUGAUAUAUUUAGUCAUUGAAUAAUGAUGGUUUAUUUUUGGUAUGUCAUACAUUAUUGUCUGAUUUUCCCUCUCUGUUUUCACAGGUACUUCAAAAGAGAAUACCUACAGCAGCCCUGUGGUGGCUGUGAUCGCUUGCAUCGUCAUCCUCUCCAUUCUCUUUUUUGCAAUGGCCGCUUAUUUUUUGUUUUAUAUCAGAAGAAGCAAAGCACUUCUUCAGUAA